GUGACAGCGAUCACUGCAAACCUGGGCCAGUAGUUCAUCAGUGGCAGUUCUGGACAGGAGCUCGUUGUUGGACUCGCACAGGGUGGUCUCCCCCGAUGGCAAAGGAGGGGGGAACAGCGCCAAAGAACACAUCUGCGGCGACACAGAAACAAAAAGUCCAGCUGCAAACACACCAACAUGCCUCUGGGGAGCAAGUGUUGUUCAAGGACACCUCAGGCUCCGUCGGUGGAGUGGAUGCAUGCGGAUGUCGUAAAAAGGCUGAGUUCUCUUCUUUGUAUCCUCCAUCCACCCUGACCUGCUGUGGUGGGGGAACCCCUGAUGAGUGGUACCUGUAUCCAUGAGCCCCGUGCCCCUUCCCCCUCCCUGUCAGGCUUCAGCACCCCCAUAUCAGAACCGCCCUAUCGACGACUGGAUGGAGACACCCCUGCCUGCACACCAGAAACGGACCUGACCCCGACACAGUGCGUCCUCCGGAAUGUCCUGUCUAUUGACACCGGUUGUCAGGGGGCACCGGGCGGCGGCAGCCCCACGCCCAGUGAUGGACCUUCGGGCCACUUUGACAACAGUGUGCUGAAACUUCAUGAACAUGAGGCCUGCCAGUGCGGCGGCGGGGCUGAGGCGGGCCUCAGUCCGGAAGCCGGUGCUGUUCGGAGCCAGUCGGAGAACAUUAGGCUCCAGUCAGGAAGUGGGGGGUUUUUGGAGGGACUGUUUGGCUGCCUGAAGCCAGUGUGGACCAUGAUUGGGAAAGCCUACUCCACCGAACACAAACACAGCUAUGAAGAGUCUUGGGAAGUGCCGUUCGAGGAAAUCUCAGACCUGCAGUGGGUCGGCAGCGGAGCACAGGGAGCCGUCUUCCUCGGCAAGUUUCACGGUGAGGAUGUAGCUGUGAAGAAAGUGCGUGACAUCAAAGAGACCGAGAUCAAACAUCUGCGCAAGCUGAAGCACCCCAACAUCAUCACUUUCAAGGGUGUGUGUACCCAAGCUCCCUGUUACUGCAUCCUCAUGGAGUACUGCGCCCAAGGACAGCUGUACGAGGUGCUGAGGGCCGGCCGCAAAAUCACACCCUCGCUCCUGGUGGACUGGUCCAUGGGGAUAGCGGGGGGCAUGAACUACCUACACCUCCACAAAAUCAUCCACAGAGACCUCAAGUCGCCCAACAUGCUGAUAACCCACGACGACCUGGUGAAGAUUUCAGACUUUGGCACCUCGAAGGAAGUCAGCGACAAGAGCACCAAGAUGUCCUUCGCCGGCACCGUCGCCUGGAUGGCUCCGGAAGUCAUUCGGAAUGAGCCAGUUUCAGAAAAAGUUGACAUCUGGUCGUUUGGGGUGGUGCUGUGGGAGAUGCUCACAGGAGAGAUCCCCUACAAGGAUGUGGAUUCUUCCGCCAUCAUCUGGGGGGUGGGCAACAACAGCCUGCAGCUGCCGGUGCCCGAGAGCUGCCCUGACGGCUUCAAAAUCCUCCUCAGACAGUGCUGGAACUGUAAACCCAGGAAUAGACCGUCUUUCCGCCAGAUUCUCCUUCAUCUUGAUAUCGCCUCUGCUGAUGUGCUGUCCACCCCGCAGGAGACGUACUUCAAGUCUCAGGCUGAGUGGCGAGAAGAGGUGAAACAGCACUUUGAAAAGAUUAAAUCGGAGGGUACUUGUCUGCAUCGACUGGACGAGGAACUGAUCAACAGACGUAGAGAAGAGCUCAGGCAUGCGUUAGACAUCCGUGAGCACUACGAGAGGAAGCUGGAGCGGGCGAACAACCUUUACAUGGAGCUGAGUGCCGUCAUGCUGCAGCUGGAGCUCAAAGAGAAGGAGCUGCAGAGGAGGGAGCAGUCGUUGGAUAAGAAGUAUCCCGGGUUGUUCAAGCACCACAGCUCCAGACAGAGCACCUCCUCCAACACCGUGGACAAACUUAUAAAGAAGAGAAAUGUCCCACAAAAACUUCCUACUGGAAAAAGGCCUGACAUACUGAAGUCUGAGGUCAUCAUUCCCAAAAUGGACUCCUCUGUCAUGCAAGUGACGAUCCCAGCGUGUCCCAACAGAAGCUCCACCUCUCCCAGCCGCUCCCGCAGGGUAAAGACUCGCCACAGGAAGCCCGGCAAGGGCAGCAGCGGCGACCUGGCGGGACUUAAAGCCACGCAGUCAUCUCCCAGUAGAGACAGCACCGCUCAGACCGACACCUCAAACACAAACGCCUCCAAGCAGCUCCUGGACCCGUCGGCCGCCCUGAGGGGCCACGAGCAGCAGCAGAGGCUGCUCUCCUCCUCCAGCCCUGACCUCAUCUGCACCACACUGGAGGCUGAAGGUCAUGGAAAGGGGGACACCUCUGUCGGUGGGCUGGAGAGAGGGGGGAGUCUCAGUGCCUCUGCAGGAUUAGGGGGAUCAGAGGGCGGAGGAGCGGGUCUGGAUGAUCUCACAGAGACUCCUCCUCGCAGCGACACUCCCAGUGAGGAUGCAGCGUCUUUCCCUUUCUCCAGCAGUCCUGAUUCCCCGUGUGGGAGGGGUGCAGGUGCAGGGAGGGGCUCGCUGGGUUCUCCCCGUUUGCCCCACGAUGGGGAGGAGAAGGACGAUGCAGCUGGUGCUGUGAGGUUGCCCAGGGGGGCUUCAGGAGGAAUCGGAAGUCAGCACCUUACACCCUCUGCUAUUCUCUACAGGGCAGCUAUCACACGGAAACAGAGACGUGGAGUGUCAUCUGAAGAAGAGGAGGGGGAAGUUGACAGCGAGGUUGAGUUGCCACGGAGACGUCGCCCGACCAGCAUCACCAAGUGCCAGUCGGUGUCCACCUUCAGCUCUGAGAACUUAUCUGUGUCGGAUGGCGAAGAGGGCCACACCACUGACCACUCCCACAGCGGCACCCCGGACGUGGUCAGCACCAACACAGACGACAGACUGGACGACCGAAGCGACGACCUGCUAUCUCAGGGGUCGGAGAUCCCGGCGGACAACACCGAUCCUGCGCAGACCUCAGAUGGCCUCUUGGAGAGAGAUGGGCCAGCGGGGCAGGGCAAAGCUCAGAUGGAUGCAGGGCAGAAUCCAAAUGAGCAGAGUCGGGCCUUGUGCGACGAUUCGGACUGUGACAGUGCCGAGCUUGACCAGUCAGGGAGUGGAGAGCCCAGUCGUCCUCCAAGUGCCGGAGCCUGGGUACCACCAACUCAAACGCUACCCUAUCAGGGAGCCCCAUACACAGGACCACCAUAGAUCACCGGACACGAUAAAAAUACCUCUUAACACUGAACAGCCAUCACGCCAUGGAGGGUCACACCUACGUCACCACUGACUCAUGAUGACUUUCAUCAGGACACACGGGGCAUUUCUCAUCCAAGAUUGUUUGGCAGCUUUUUGACAGAUAAAUGUCUUCUAAGUUUAGUAGCGUCUUCUUUUUCCGUUUUAGGCAAAAUAGUUACCAUGGUAACCUUAGCCACUGAACCAGUUGAGCAAAAGCCACGCACAAGACACUACACUUACUUCCUCACUCUGGGACCAUCCUGAUACACGUAAUGCAUCAAAAAUGAAUGAUUAAUAAUGUAAAUAUAAUAAUGUGAUGUACCACAUAAGAAAUAUCAAACUUUAUUUUAAUUGUAAGAUAAAAUGUAACACUAAGACGGUAUGCAGCCCAGUAAACAAAUGCAUGUCAAAAAUGUCUAUACUUUAUGGUUCGAAUGUGUGCGUUUUAUAUUUUGUGAAGGUUUACACUUUUUUAAUCCUCGGAGAGAUACUCCAGUUAUCUUGUUUAUGUUCAUAAAUGUCAGCACUUAAAAAGAAGAAGAAAAAAAAGAGAAAAAUAUUGAAUGAAAAUCAUCAAACAUUAACUAACUCUCAGUAGAUUAAAUUUUAUUUUUUUUAAACCCAACUACUGAGUUUCAAAUGUGAGGUUUUUAUCAAGGUUAUCAAAUUUGUGAUAGACCAAGGACCUUUGACUUCACUCAAAAAGCACUCGAUGGAUUGUUGUCCUUUGACUGACGGGUGAAAAAGAAAACAAGUCCUGCGUUCCUCAUGAGCAUCACCAACCCGAACCAUGUCCUCUGCUACAACUACGACGUUACGGUGCUUUUCUAAUGAACCAAAAGGAAUCCUGCUGGUCAUGAUGAUGGUAGGCUUCAUAAAAACCUUGACUGUUGACGACCUUUUUACCCUUUAAGAUUAUAGCAGAAGUAGCCCGGAGACGGAGUAGAGCACUUCUCUUAGGUGGAUCACAUAGACGAGCAACUAUCCUUUUGGGUUUGAAUAGAAAUGUUUUGUUUUUAUACAGCAUUGCACAUUGUACCUGUAAGAUAGGAGUUAUAUUAAAAGAACAAAAUAUAAUGAAACAAAAUAAAUAAUGUAUUGGUUAAAAAGGUGUGGUGUUUAU